AUUGUCUCUUGUGUUUUUGUGACUAAACCCAUUUUCUCCCAAUUUUAUUUUAUUUAAGUCUUUAAAUGGUGUUUUUUUUCUAUUUUAAUCACUGAUUUUUUGUUUGUACAUUAACACAUCAUAAACAAAUUAUAUUUAAGACUUUCUUUUUGUUAAAAAGUAGUGAAAAUCCAUAAAAAUGCCACGAACCAAGCUCAACAAAAAAGUCACAAACAAGCGAAACAGAAACAGUACGGCAGAUGAGUUGCGUUCAAAUGCCAUUAGCGAUAUUGAACGAGAAAUGGAUACGAUGCACACCGAAUUUAAGUUCAAGCAAGAGGAGCAAAGAGAUCAAAUACGCAAUCAUAUUGCAAACAUUAAAUCGAAAUUGUCAGCUGCAUUUCUUGAAUUGAAAAUGGGCGCACUCAAAGAAUUGGCUGAACAAUCAAUUAAAACGUAUGAAGAGGUACAAAAACACAUAAACAUGACCAGCGGACCGUUGGCAAAUAUUACAAAUCAAACGCUCAACAGUAUUAGUGUGGCAUCGGUUAAAAAAUUGUCACGAACAGAUGAUGGCUACCUUACAGGCGACAGUGUUCGAUCGGAUGUAUCACGAUCCGCCCGGCCAGUUGGACCGUAUCAAUCAGCCAAAGCAAAAUCACGACGUCGUAGUCGUUCAUUGAGCAGUGUCAUCGAAAGUUAUACAAAAAAUGCACCACGAACACAACAAUUGAUGAAUCGAAAUGGACGAGAAUCACGAUCAAAAUUCCGUACACCAGUUAAUAAUCGCAUACAAUCGCUUAGCGCUGAUCGCAUGAUGAAUCCAGUCACACCAAAAUGUGAGGCUGGCAAAGCAAUGGCUAUGCUACGUUAUGCAAAACAAGGUGAAACGGUUAUUUCCCUACAGGGCAGCCCAGUUGUUGCAACCAGUGUAUUGGGUAACAAUGCCAAUUUGAAUAUUCCAUUAGCUGAUGGUGUGAUUUGCAUUCAACCCGCAAUGGGCGGUAUGGUUGAUCGAGAUUUAGUAUCACGAAUUGACAAGCAAACACUAGACGAUUUGCGACAAUUGCAAGAUAAUAUCGACAUGAUUAUGCAAUGUGUGGCCAAUCCGAACUGAAUCAUCGCGCACACACACACACACACUCGCCCAUACAAAACACGAAAAAUUACGAACAAAUUUCAUCUCUUAAUGUAGUUAAGCUUCAUUUGUCACAUUUUUCUCUAGACUUUCUUUUAGUUUUCCUUUUGAUUUAUUAGGUAUUAAUAAAACAUUGUAUCACA